UUCGUAUGCAAUUGAAGCGAAGAACGUCAAAUUUUCCGAUUGAAAUAAAGAUAAAUUUAACAAAAGUGUGAAUGGGAGUUUGGAAAUUAAUUAAACAUAUUAUAGCAAACUAAGUUCCUUGCUCUAAAAAUGUGUAUGAUGAAAUUGCUUUGUAAAUAAGUAAAAAUAAGUAAAUAGGAAUUGAUUGGAAAAAUGGACAUGGAGACGUGUGACGACGAUAGUUUCUACGGUAAUUUCGACCGAAUUAUGCCGUCAUCUGAUAACUAUACGUUUGAUGACAUUGAAGAAAUUCUACGUUCUACUGAUUCCCAUCUGGAUUCUUCUAUUGACUUGAAUAACCUUAACGCCCAUAAUGUGAAUGAUUUUGAAUUGCCUUUCGAUGUGGACCUUCAUAGUUCUUCAUCGCAAGUUGCACCCUCGAAUGAUGAAUUUAAUUUUGCUUUGCCCCUAUCUGCGAACGAGUUGCAAAGAUCUGAGACAUGUAACUCUACCUACAAGUCACAGCGCACUUCGUCCAUUUCAUCAAUGGAUGAAGACAGCUUCAACCCAGAUGAUUUUAUCAACUUUUUGAAAAAUGAUGACGUAAAGAUGAAUUUCCUCAAUGAUAAUGAAUUAAGACAACGGAAUACACCCUCACCUACCGAAAGUUGUAGUAGUUCAGGUGGCAGUUCAACGAGUGGGGUACAGAGUGACGUUUCAUCAAUAGCUUCGCAGACCAAAGCUUAUAUGCAAGUUAACCCCCCAAUGGAUAUCUUAAAAUGUAUGAAGGAAGAAAUAAGUAAUGAAAAUACACACACACCUGCGUUUAAAAUAAAAGAGGAAAGUUGCUUUACACCUAUAACAAUGGUAUCGCCUUCAAUAGAUCACCAACAAACUAUUGUUUUACCCGCGGUGAACACUACUGUGGGCGUUUCAUUGCCAUUAAUGGUACCCGUAGUGCCGUUGAAUACAAAUGCCAACAACACACCUACCCUGCAAACAAUUCAGCCACUGCAACAAGUGCAACCUAUAAGUGUGCUAUCUGGAACAUUGCUUCCUAUUAAAACCGUUCCAAUAAAACCAAUUACACAAAUAACUAGCCAUAAUAAACAUACGUCACAACCUAAAAUUGAGCCGAAAUUGGCGCCGAAAGGGAGCGCUGAUAACACUAACAAUACUGUUAAAACACCCCCCACCACCUCAUCAAUUGCUACAAAAGUCGUUCCUCCCAUAAAUGCAAAGCCCAAAACUGUAUUCCUAACACUGAAUGAUUACAAAGCAUUAACCCAAGUAAAUGGUAAAAAUGUAAAGGGUGUUGUCACAAAUUCGCCCAAAAUUAUAUUGAAAACAGCAAGUGGAAAAGUUAUAACAGCCAACAAAAUAGUUUCUUCUGGCAAUAGUACAUUGGGCAUGCAUUCAAAUUUCGUGCCCAAAAUUGUUAAGACAAAUAAUGGACCAGUGUUUAUCAAGCAACCAUCGUCAAAGAUUCCACACACAGCGGCGAAUACUAUCGGAACUCAAAAGUCGUCUGCUGUCAACAACGGCCCUACCAGUUUAGGCGUUUAUAAAGGUCUCAUUGACGAGAAAAUGUGGAAGAAACAACAACGCAUGAUCAAAAACAGGGAAUCUGCUUCUUUGUCUCGUAAAAAGAAAAAGGAAUAUGUUGUUGCGUUAGAAUCACGUAUCAGCGACUUGGAGAAGGAGAACUGCACACUUAAAGGGGAUAAUUCAUCGUUGCGUUCCCAAUUAGUCGCUUUGGCACAAUCUUGCCAAUGCAAAAACAGCAACAUCAGUGAGUUUGUUUUGAAUACUUUGGAUAUAAAUGCGAAAGUAAGUGCAAGCGAUCAGCAUGUGAAAAUCGCUCCAAAACUAACGGGAAAAAGCUUAAAACAACGAAUGACAGCCACCAACGUUAAGAAGAACAUAGCCAUUCUCUUCGCGCUGGCCUUCAUGGUAUCGCUGAAUGUUGGUAAUUUUCAGAAUUAUAUGAAUAAAAAUCACAUUGAGAAUUCAAUAGAGUCGGCUCCAAGUGCUGAAGAGCCGGCCACUGGCCGACGGCUGCUUUGGGCCGAAACGGAAACUGAAUUUAAGCAGAAGUUAAAUAACACCAAACGGGAAGCAGAAAUGGAUGUGCCCCCUCUACAUUUCUUACAUCCAGUUAAUCGCUCUCGGAGAGCCAUGUCAAGUGAGCCGCAUGCAAACGAAACAACGAAGGAGAUUCCAUUGACAACGGCGGCAAAGAAAUGUCCAAACGGUUCGAACUAUACUGAAAACCAUCGUUUGCACAGUAAUCUGCACAAAUGGAUUGACGUCAACGACUACUUGAACUUGAGCUUGUAUAAGGACAAUGGCAAUGGAAAUUUGGAUAAUUCUUUAAGUCUUCGGAAAUUUUCAUCGGAUUAUUAUGACAGGAAGCCCUUGCAACUACCGCUCCAGGAGGAUGUUCCAACAAUUAAUAUGAAACGUAAACUAAUAAUGACACCACCACUAGGACUUCAGGGUAAGCAACCUAAAUUAGAGACUCCGCAGGCAAAUGAAAUUGACGACACAUCUGGAAAUGAAAAGAACUCUUUGGAUAUUUUCAAGCCUAAAAUAAGUGAGGAAUACUUACGCUUGUUUAAAGGCAUCAAAAGGCAAGACGACACAUUCUAUGUGCUAUCGUUUAACAUGGAUCACAUUUUGUUGCCGGCCUCAGCCUAUAAUAAGAGUGCACGGCCGAAAAUGUCACUAAUGCUGCCGGCCGGUGACCCAUCGGUUAAUGGCGACAUAAUGUUGAUGCAAAUCGAUUGUGAAGUUGUUAACACCACGGAGUUGGAGUUGAAAUCAUUUAUGAUUCCGGAGAAACUUCGGCCGCAAAAAUUCGGAAAUGGCAAUUAUAAUCCACCUCCCAAUCCAAAUGACAUGGUGAAUAAUGAGACGCGCUCCAGAGAGGAAGAGCGCAAGGCAAAAGGCACAAUGCCGGAGAUGCCCAAGCAAAAGUCCGCACCAAAAACUUACUAUAUGAUGGGACCCCGAUCCGCUGCAGCUGCGGCCGCUAUGAAGAAGAAGCCUACACUUGUAAGAUUGGGCAGCAACGACAGCAUUGAGAGUCUCGUUGAGAAAGUGGAUACAAACGCAACGAUCUUUUCAACUAGACAUCAACAUUAAUUACAUUAAUUUUUCAAAUAAAUAUUGGAACUAACUGAAAGUUUAGUAAUGGUAAAUAUUUAAUAUUUAAAUACCAGUAUAUAAAUUGCUCAAAAUGCACACGCUUUCAGCAUUUAUAAAAUAUGUGUGCACACUUACAUACAUUUAUUACUUGCAAUUUCAUUAUUUAAUUUAAAUAUGUUUAAGAUUUUAAGGACAGCUUCUUGGAGUAACAAUUAUAAAUAGACAUACAUACAUAUAUGUAUAUGUAUAUACUUAAACGGUUUAUUCAAAACACAUUAACAAGGAUAUUUGUAGAUUAGUUAAAAUUUUUUGUAAUAUACAUAUAAGACAUUCGAAAUCUGUUAGCAAUGAGAUAUACACUUCGGUUUGUGCCGUUCUUUUAGUUUGUUGUAAUAUAUUGCUUGCAUCAUGUUUGCCCUGCUAAAUUUUAAUUUUAACUUUUAGCUUAAUUGUGUGCAAUAGCUAAAUAAAAUGUAAUCCUAGAAUAUAUCGUAUGUUGUAUUUGUAUUGGAAAUAUUGAAUCAAUAAAUACCACCUUUUUUAAUAAAUACAUAAUUAAA